CACGUGACACAAGAGUACUGUCAUGUGACUGACACGAACGCCGUGCAGUGGCAUUAGCGAGCUCUGGUUAGCAAAACGAUACAGAGUUUAGCACUUUAGAGACAGUUCACUUAUGAUUAUCAGUAAAGUCUUGGGUUGCGUCAUAAAACAUCUUUUUGAUAGUUCUGAUGCAUUAAACGGCUUCAAAAAAGUGUCAGUGUUGUCUGAGCUAGGCCUCGGUUGUUCAGUAACGAUUAACUGCUCUGCAAAGGAAACUAUGGAGAGACUUAAAAUACAGACAAUGUUAAACACCUCUUGGGAUUAAUCUGACAUUUUUUGGGGACCGACACCACGGCGAUUCAUGUCGCUUACUAAAAAGCUUAAUCUGGAUUUUCAGAAUGAACGGCGCACAGCAAAAUGACCUUAAAAGACAAAACCUGUUAGAGAGACUUCUUGAUGCGGUUAAACAGUGCCAAAUUCGCUUUGGUGGCAGGAAGGAGAUCGCUUCAGAUUCUGAUAGCAGGGUCAUAUGCCUGUGUGCCCAGUUUGAAGCGGUACUUCAGCACGGCUUGAGGAAGAGUCGAGGUUUAGCCCUCACAGCAGCUGCCAUUAAACAUGUUGCAGGAUUUAGCAGUAAAACCGAAGCAGAGCUGACGUUCUGGUUUUAUGUGAAAGAUCACCUGAACCGUCAUGAGCUGCAGCGCUUCUACUCUCUGCGGAAUAUCACAUCUGAGCAGGGCCGCGGUCGAGCAUGGCUUCGCUGUGCACUGAACGAACACUCGCUGGAGCGUUAUCUUCACAUGCUGCUGGCAGAUCGAGCCCGCCUUAGUGCCUUCUAUGAAGACUGGGCAUUUGUCCUGGACGAGGAGAGAGCCAGUAUGUUGCCCACAAUGGCUGCAGGGCUCAAUUCCAUCCUGUUUGCAAUUAACAUCGACAACACAGACCUAAAUGGCCAGGUCCGCGGAGGAUCAUCUGUGUCCCACCUGUUAAAGGAGUCCACACAGGGGAUGAGCAGUCUGUGGAAAGAGUCUACUCAAGGUGUCAGCACGUUACUGCGGGAAAUCGGUACUGCCACUGCUGUGGUUCCUGGUUUCAUCCCUCGCUCAGAUGCUCCUUCAGACCCCCUGCCUGUCCUGCCCCGCAGCACUUCUGCAGAUUCCGGCUUAAGAAAAGAGCGCAGACGUAAAAAGAAGAUCACGAACAUUAUCUCCUUUGACGAUGACCUGGAUGCGGGUGCGGAAGACGAGGACGAGGCUGGUGAGGACGUUGUGAGGAGUCUUAGGAAGAGUGCUGUGGGUCAUGUGAGCUCUGAGGAGGCUCUGGACCCUCCGCACUCCACCUCUCCUGUUCAUAACGGCCUGACUGAGCCUGGGAUUGUGAGCUGGGCUGAAACACCCCCGCAGAAUGGGCUUUUGCCUGAUACCAAGAGCAUUGACAAUGAAGAGGAGGAUGAGGACGAUAUAUAUAGAAAGAACAGGCCAGAGCUCCCAGAAGAGGAUCAUGGGAAUGGGGAGACGAUGAUUGUGGGGAGUUUAUCCAGUGUCUCCAUGUGGAGUCCAAGGCAAAUCAUCACUGAAAAUGACAACGACAACUCACACAUUCUCAUCCCUCUGCCCCCCAGUGACCCCUACACACAACAAGCUGCUAGUUCAGUUGAGAAUGUGGAAUUUCAUGGACAGAAGGAGAGCUCAAGUCCACCGACUGACAGUGAAAAACAAAGCCAACUCCAAUUUAGCAUGGAGCCUGACUUACUAGCCCAGGUUGAACCUGUGGUCAGUGUUCCGCCGACCCCCGGCCUUCCUGAGUCCAUGACAGUUGCUGAACUGCGGCAAGCCAUUGUGGCCAUGAUGAACCGAAAAGAUGAACUCACUGAGCAGAACACGUCUCUGCGUGGUCUCCUGGAUGGGGAGAUGGAGCACUCUGCUGGACUCAGACAGGAGGUGGACGGCUUGAAGAAGAGACUGGCCGAGCUUGAGGAGAGACAUGCUGCCAAAGUCCAAGCUCUCAUGAGAGAGAAUGAAGUUCUGAAGGUUCAGCUAAAGAAGUAUGUUGGGGCUGUCCAAAUGCUGAAAAGGGAAGGCAGCCAAGGCGGUGAUGGUAAGACAGUGUUCUCUUACCUUUGCAUGUUUGGCAAACAUGUAGCAACCUCUUGGCAGUUCUUGGUAGUUACAAUUGGUUGUAAUUUUGAACCAGUAGUUCAUCCAAUCUCAUACUCUCCUCUGUGGUGUUGCUCUGAUGACAUAUAUUUUUUUAAAAACUUGACUGUGAUUGGCCAUAAAGGUCAUCAGUUCGCCGAAUCCACCGCUGUUGACUGAGUGUAACCACAGAUA